GUUCUCUUCUUCACCUCUCGUUCCCCGCCUCUUCCCUUCUCCCUCUCUCCUCGGUCCUGAAUCGACGUGGUCCUUGAUCUUUCGCGUGCUCGAAUCUCUCCUCCCACCCACCCCCAAAGCCGACAGAUCUUCUUUGUCUCGCUCGUCAUUACCCUCCGAUUUCUCUUUCACGGAUUGUGUGCGGCACAACCAGAAAGUUGUACUACAAGCCACUGUCCUCUAAGCGCCGUCAACUCUCAGAGAUCAGCAGAUCUUCACUAUCCAGAACUACUGCACGGCACGCGCACACCGUUCCGCUCCGCCCCGCCCUAAACUACCACUACUGCUAGCCAACUCACCCGCUGCCACCUCCCCAACAUCUCGAGAUCAAGGCCUCCAACCACGCACUCAUCACUCUUCGACACUCCCCACGCUUCGAACCCGUUCGACUCGGAUCUGAAACUUUGGUUUUUGAGAACCGUCUUCGGCUCAAUUUUUCUUCUGUGACUUUAGCUAGUCAUGGCGGAACCCACCCAGUUUGCUUAUCGAACGGCCAAGGCUAUUGGCGUUGUGAACGCUUCUCCUCUCUAUGAGCCUUUGCCCGCGUUCCAAAGGCCAGAGGGAAACCUCCGGUGUUCCUGCUACUCAACAUGCGGCCGGUUUUUUGCAUGGGCAAGCCCCGAGCAAGUCACCGUCAUCGAUGCUUCUGUAGGACAUAUCACCGGCAUAAUCCCUAUUGCGAACGUUUUCGAAAUAGGAUUCUCCCCUCUUGGAACAUACAUCAUCACCUGGCAGCGACCAGCGAAGGAUGAGGACGGAAAUGCCAUCAAGAACCUGAAGGUCUGGCAGACCAUCGAGGAUGUCGACGGCUCCGAGAAACAGGUGGUCGGACAAUUUGUGCAGCGCUCGCAGACCGGAUGGAACUUGCAGUAUGCCUCGGACGAGAAGCUGUGCGCGCGGGUGGUCACCAACGAGGUGCAGUUCUACGAGAGUGUGGAUUUGAGGACCGUUUGGAACAAACUCAUCGUGGAGGGCGUCACGGACUUUGCACUGUCAUCUGGGAAGCAGAGCUCGGUGGCCGUAUUCGUGCCGGAGAGGAAGGGCCAACCUGCCGCCGUAAAGGUGUUUAAUGUCCCGAACUUCGGCCAGCCCGUCUCGCAGAAGAAUUUCUUCAAAGCAGACAAGGUGCAGUUGAAGUGGAACGACCUCGGUACCAGUGUGAUCGUGCUGGCGCAAACCGAUGUCGACAAGACCAACAAGAGCUACUACGGCGAGACCAACAUGUAUAUCUUGAGUGCCAAUGGAGGGUUCGAUGCGCGGGUUCAGCUUGACAAAGAAGGUCCGAUCCACGAUGUUUCCUGGUCACCUAAUUCCAAGGAGUUCGGUGUCGUCUACGGCUAUAUGCCGGCAAAGACCACCAUCUUCAAUGUCAGGGCCGUCGCGAAGCAUAGCUUCCCCCUUUCCCCGAGAAACACGAUCUUAUUCUCGCCGCACGGCAAAUUCGUCCUCGUGGCCGGCUUUGGAAACUUAGCGGGCCAGAUGGACAUUUACGACAUGACCAAGGACUACGCCAAGGUCACGACCGUCGAAGCGAGCAAUGCCACAUUCUGCGAGUGGAGCCCGGAUGGCAAACACAUCCUCACGGCGACCACCUCCCCGCGUCUGCGCGUCGACAACGGUGUCCGAGUCUGGCAUGUCGGAGGAGGCCUGAUGUACAACGAGGACAUGCAAGAGCUGUACAGCGUCUGCUGGCGCCCGCAGUCCAGCGACAAACAUCCGCUGGGCGACCCGCUGAACCCCGUCCCCACCCCCCACCCCUCUGCCCUCGCCUACCUCAGCACCCGAAAGCAACCUACCAAACCUGCCGGCGCCUACCGUCCCCCCGGAGCCCGCGGCACCAGCACUCCCCUUCACUUCAAGCGCGAAGAUGAAGGCGGCGCCGCCUACGUCUCCAAUGGCGCUUCCGCCGCCGCCAACGGCUUCGGCGCCGGCCGCGCCCGCACCCGCUUCGUCCCGGGCGCCGAUCCUACCGACGCCCUCCCUCCCGGAGCCGCACCCGGCGGCGGCGUCAGCCUCGCCGGUGCUAUCGAAGGCCCCGACGAAGGCCUCUCUAAGGCGGCCCUGAAGAACCGCAAGAAGCGCGAAGCUAAGAAAGCCAAGGAGGCGGCGGAGAAGGCGAACCCGUCGGGCGACAUCCCGCGCGGUCCGCGCAGCGUGAGCCGUAGCCCGGAGCGGCGCGGGAGGAGGCAAGGGCAUGAGCAUACGCGUAGCCAGGGCGGUGGGUUCCAGGGGCAUGGGACGCAUCAUCGUGGUGGAUCGCGGAAUCGGCAGCAACAUGGUGGGGAGCAUCCGCACCAGCACACUGGCAAUGCCCACCAUCACGCUGCGAACGGGAAGCCGUCCGCGCCGGCGCCACUGCGCACGGCACCGCAGCAAUCGGCGGUCGAAGCACCGGACCUGCAAAUCACGAGCCCCGGCGGAGGGGUGCUGGGGCAGAGUCCCGCGGACAAGAAGAUCCGGGGCUUGCUGAAGAAGGUGCGGGCGAUCGACGAGCUGAAGAUGCGGCAGGCAGGGGGGGAGAAGCUGGAGGAUACGCAGGUGAAGAAGAUUGCGACGGAGGAGGGGAUUCGGCGGGAAUUGGAUGGGUUGGGGUAUUCCGGGGCGGUUUGAGUGGAUGAGGAUGGGAGGAUGAGCGUACGAUGGAAUUUGAGGUGAUGAGGUGAUGCGAUGAGAUGAUGGCAAUGUGACAGGAUGAAACCGGACGAAAGAUGGGAAUCUGGUUGCCUUGCAUCGCACUGGGAUUGGAGUCCCAUGCAUUAGCCAUCCAGACUACCCCGUAUUUGCGGACAUAGACACAGGAUAAUUAUUCCCUCAACGCCGAUCAGACAUCCCAGGCCCAUCGUCCGCCGCGCCAGUGGAAAUGCCAUGGAAUCUACGCAGUACGAAACCCUUUAUCAGACCAACCGAACCGUUCACCACAUCAUCACUGAUCAUCACUGAAACCGUUUCAUCGCACAAACAAGCAAAUAUACGUUAAGAAUUAGAUUCCGCCUCCCUACCGCAUUCCACAUAAAUGAUCUAUUGCCGUCGUACUCGCUACCGCCAGAAUGCCCUGCCCAUUGCCCA